AUGACCAGCACUGGUAGCCAUCGGAAUUGCCCCAUGCAUGGGAACUUGGCGGUGGGAUCCAAACAGAAGCCCACCCCAGAACAGGACUCGCAGGAUGUGAUGGCGAACUUUAUUCGGCCCGAUCAACCGUCUCGGUGCACCUGGCCGGAUGCUACGGCGAAACCGAACCCACAUAACCAUUUGCCGCUCACUCCCAAGCCGGACAUACUGCCCACGAUUUUGGAAGCCGUCGGAGGAACGCCGCUAGUGAAACUUAACAAAAUUCCUCAAUCUUUCGGCCUGAAAUGCAAUGUCUAUGCCAAGUGUGAGUUUCUCAACCCAGGUGGUUCGGUCAAGGAUCGAAUUGGCGUACGAAUGGUUCUGGAGGCGGAACGUGACGGAUUGCUCAAACCGGGUUGCACCAUCAUCGAACCAACAUCUGGCAACACCGGCAUCGGGUUAGCAAUGGCCGCGGCUGCCAAGGGUUACCGCUGUCUGAUCGUGAUGCCUGAGAAGAUGUCGAACGAGAAGGUGGACACCCUCAAGGCUCUCGGUGCUGAGGUGAUCCGAACACCGACUGAGGCUGCCUUCGACUCACCUGAGGGCCUGAUUGCGGUGUCGCAACGUCUGCAACGUUCCAUCCCGGAUUCGGUCAUACUUGACCAAUACCGGAACGCCGGUAACCCUCUAGCUCACUACGACGGAACUGGUGCUGAGAUUGUGCAGCAACUCGAGGGUCGUGUGGAUAUGGUCGUGAUUGGUACCGGAACGGGUGGUACCAUGACCGGAAUUGGGCGUAAGAUCCGAGAGGCUUGUCCAAGCUGUAAGGUGAUCGCUGCUGAUCCAGAAGGAUCGAUCCUGGCUGAACCGGAAGAGCUUAACCGGUCGGAAGUGAGCUUCUACGAGGUUGAAGGUGUUGGAUACGACUUUCUGCCAACCGUGUUGGACCGCACUGUGGUCGAUCGGUGGUAUAAGUUCAAUGAUCGUCAGGCUCUGCCACUUGCACGACGUCUCAUCCGGGAUGAAGGGUUACUGUGUGGAGGCAGCAGUGGAGGUAAUUUGUAUGUUGCUCUUGAAGCCGCCAAGGAGCUCGGUGAGGGUCAGAAUUGCGUCGUUAUUCUGCCAGACAACAUCCGCAACUACCUGACGAAGUUCGUGUCAGACAAUUGGAUGGAGGCGCGUUACUUCAAGGAAUCGGAGAACUGUCAUAAUCAAACUUGGUGGGACGAAAAGGUCAGCUCUUUGCCCCUGGAGUCGUUGAUUACCGUGCGAGAUGACGUACCGAUCAGUGAAGCUAUUGCGACGAUGAAGCAGAACAACCGAUCACACCUCCCGGUGGUGGAUGAGAAUGGGGUCGUCAAAGGAGUCGUUCACCUGCCGAAUCUUUUGAGCAAACUGUUGAAUCGUUUAGCGAAACCCACCGACCUGGUACGUCGUGCCAUCUUCAAGCAGUUUGUUAAGAUCGACCACGAGGAGUGUGUGGGUCGUGCGUCUCGCAUUUUGGAGAAAGAUAGCUUCCUGAUGGUUACUCGCAAGGAAUUGUCUGGUAAGCUGCCAGCGCUGGAAAAAAUCGUGGGAAUACUCACACAAGGCGCUCUGUUCGACUAUGUUGCAGCACAGGCUAGUACUGUUACAAACGGAAACAGCAACACCAACGGAAACGGUGACACUAAUGGCAGUACGAACUAAGGGAUUAGCCUUAAUUGUGACGAACCACGAAA